AUGCUGAGCGCGGCCCUUACGCGCAACAGCAGUAUGCCGUCCUCCCGUCGCUGGGCUGAUAUUACCGACGACGACGACAGCGAGGAGGUCUACGUGUGGGAUUGGGAGGCAUUCAAACGCGAGUAUCUCGCAACACACUGUCGGUUGACUUUAAUGACCCCGGUCUGCGCCUCGGUAUGUCUGCUUGCCACUUGCGACUGGGCACCGCGCGCGGCGCCGCUGGCUCCCGAGGCAGGCGCGAUCGUUAUCGACGAGGACUGGAAGAGGCAGCCGCACGCGUCUGUAACAAAGCCGGUCGUGCCCGCAAGACCGGACGCAAGUCGGCGAAAGAAGGCCAAGGUGCCAACGCCGCAGAAGCACCCGCAGCCCGGCGUGAGCAGCGAGGAGGACGAGGUCCUGAACGCUGCCUUCCAACGGGCAGAGGUGCAAGUGCCA